AUGAUCGCAAUAGGACUUGAAGGUUCAGCGAAUAAAUUGGGUAUAGGUUUAAUAGAACAUAACUUGGAAAACGGUCAAGUUAAAAUAUUAGCAAAUGUAAGACAUACACACAUAACACCACCAGGAACUGGGUUUUUACCACGUGAUACAGCAGCUCACCAUAGAAAAUAUAUUAUUCCAGUGAUUAAAGAGGCAUUGAAAACUGCAAAUAUAGAAAUUAAAGAUAUCGAUGUUAUCUGUUAUACUAAAGGGCCUGGAAUGGGAGCACCUUUAGUGUCUGUUGCUAUAGUGGCUAGAACAUUAUCAUUGUUAUGGAAUAAACCAAUAGUUGGUGUAAACCAUUGUAUUGGGCAUAUUGAAAUGGGAAGGGAAAUAACAAAAGCUGAUAAUCCUGUAGUUUUAUAUGUUAGUGGAGGUAAUACACAAGUUAUUGCUUAUUCUGAACAUAGAUAUAGAAUUUUUGGAGAAACACUUGAUAUUGCAGUCGGUAAUUGUCUUGACAGAUUUGCUAGAAUUUUAAAUUUACCAAAUGAUCCAAGUCCCGGAUAUAACAUUGAACAAUCUGCUAAAAGAGGGAGUAAAUUUAUAGAAUUGCCAUAUACAGUUAAAGGAAUGGAUGUUUCAUUUUCAGGAAUUUUAUCAUACAUUGAAAGCAUAGCCGAUGAAUUACUUUCAACAGAUCAAUAUACACCAGAAGAUCUUUGUUUUUCACUUCAAGAAACUUUAUUUGCAAUGUUAGUAGAAAUAACAGAAAGAGCCAUGGCUCAUAUUGAAAGCAAAGAAGUUUUGAUUGUAGGAGGGGUUGGAUGUAAUUUAAGAUUACAAGAAAUGAUGCAACAAAUGGCGGAACAGCGUGCAGGAAAAGUUUUUGCGACUGAUGAAAG